UGUGUUUGCGUGUCUAACGGCUAAAUUGUACGGUUCCCGUAUCCUUGCCCUUGUACAGAACCGACACUCGAAGUGUGAACACGUGCCUAAUAAGAAAAUAUUAUAUAACUACCUCUGGCAAGAUGGUUACAUUUGAGGCACCUGUACAAAAAGAAGCCGAUUGUUUCAUGAAAAUUGAUAACAGCAUAGCGGUCUUACAUAUGGCUGCUAACUGUGGCAAUUUGCAGAUAGUUAAAUUCUUGGUAAGGCGUAAACGGGUCGAUAUUGAAGGUAGAAACGAUAAUGGUAUGACCGUUUUACACACGGCUGCUAUCUGCGGUAACUUCGAGGUAGUUAAGUUUCUGAUCAUUGAACGAGGGGCCAAUUAUCAUGCUAUAGACAAUAACGGCAUGACGGUACUGCACGCGGCUGUUACUUCCGGUAAUUUGGAACUGAUUAAAUUUCUGGUGAACGAUAAACUAGUCGAUGUUAAUGCCAAAGAUUAUAACGGCAUGUCUAUUUUGCACGCGGCCGCUAACACCCAUCAGUGGGGGAUAAUCCAAUAUUUGUUAAACGAAAAGGAAGCCAAUGUGAAUGCCCAAGACAAUAAUGGCAAAGCGAUUUUGCACACGGCAGCUGCUUGCGGUAACUUGGAGAUGGUCAAAUAUUUGAUAAAAGAUAAAGGAGCCAAUUUUGCACUCAAAGACAAUAAUGGUAAAACAGCUUUGCACUCGGCUGCCGCCUUUGGUAAGGUGGAGGUAGUUAAAUUCCUCCUAGAUUCAUAAGAGGCCGAUUUUGGUGCUAAAGACGAUAAAGGCGUAACAGUUUUACACACGACCGAUAACUGAGCGAUAGCUGAAAUUCUGAUGAAUGAUAAUAAGGCCGAUUUUAAUGCCAAAGACAAUACUGGCUCGACAGUUUUACACACGACUGCUACAUUUGAUAACUUGGAUUCGUUUAAAUCUUUGGUCGACGGAAAAGCGGUCGAUUUGAAUUCUAGAGACAAUAAAUAGCAUAACAGUUUUGCACAUGCCCCAGCACCCUCUGGUAACUUGGAAAUGAUACAAUUUCUGACAAACGAGAAAAAAGGCCAAUUUUAAUACUACAGACAAUGACGGCACUACAGUUUUUCACAUGGCUACUGCAAUCCAUGGUAACUGGGAUGUGAUUUUUCUGAUAAAUGAAAAUAAGGCCCGAUUUUAAUGCUACAGACAAUACUGGUACGACAGUUUUGCACAUAGCUGCUGAUUCUGGUAAUUUGGAGAUUGUUUAAAUUCUGAUACAAAUGAAACAAUGGCCGAUUUUAAUUUUAAAGACAAUAAGGGCAGAACAGUUUUACACAUGGCUACUUUCUCCCGUAACUUGGAGAUGAUACAAUUUCUGAUCAAUGAAAAACUGGCCGAUUUUAGUGCUAAGGACAAUAAUGACAGAACAGUUUUACACUUGGCUGAUGUACGUGGUUGCCGUCACAUGUUUGAAUCCCUGCAAAAUAGAGAAACUGUUGCCCCUGGAAAAUACUUUAGCAUCAUUAACUAGUGAAAAGUUCUAAAGUGGCAAAGUGAUAUGCACUAAGACGAUGCGAAUCUUUUUAACAAGGCUGUGAUUAUAACGAACCCGAUAUUUAGUUGUAUUGUUUUAAGCGAUAUGUUAUGUACAGAAUGUACUCUUUUAGGAUAAUCAUCAUUUAUAAGAUAUUUUCAAAAAUCCGGGAAAGAAGUAUUUCGUAUAGAAAUUAAGCAUUCCAUCAGUGAUCUCUUGACUUUCCUAAAAUUGACUUCACAGUGUCGUAGCUGAGAUCUUUCAAUUUAUACUAUAUCAUUACUUUUAAUGACUUUCAAUUCAGAAACUCGGGCACGUUCAACAGAAACGAUAUUAUAGUUGUAUCGUUUUCGUUAAUCAAACCCACAUUCCUGAAUUUAAAGUGAUGUAAAGUCCAACAUACGUGGUGUUAUUCGACUAAAGCCAGGCUUGUGCUUUAAUUCGUUUAGGAAAAACAUAACUUGAUUUGUAUUCGGAACACUAGCUUCACAGAUUAUUGGAAUCAAAAUGAUGAUUUAUCUUAAUAAAUUAAUCCUGUAUUUGGCUUCAGAAAUUUUAAUUUUGAAAUAAAUCUGAAAUUGCAUGCUA